AUGAACGUGCACUCGCCUCCGAGGAGGAGACUCAGGCGCUGUCGCGUCCUCUUCUUUAUCUCAGGUGUGCUGCUGUGUGUCGUCUACACUCUGACUCUGAGAGCCGGCCUGUCAGAGCCGCGAGCGUCUGAGCGGACGGAUGACGCUCUCAGAGCAGAGGGAGGUGAUGAUGAUGUCUUGGAGGUCAACAUUCGAGAGGUGGCGGCAUCCAAUGAGACGCAGGAAGAGGCCGUCUCACCUGAGGGCAGCAAACCUCCUCUGGUGAUGAUCGUCAACAGGACGGACAUCGAACAGUGUAUCUACGUAGAGCCUCAGCCCCCCAAACCUCCUCCGACUCCACCACCGUCAACUACCACAGUCCCCCCACGUCCCCCACUCCAGCCCCCUCACAGGAAGGGUGAGUACCCAGAGGACAUCUUCUCAGUGGAGCAGCGACGACAAGGCUGGGUGGUCCUGCACAUUCUAGGCAUGAUCUACAUGUUUGUCGCCCUGGCCAUCGUCUGCGAUGAGUUCUUCGUUCCUGCGCUGGAGGUCAUCACCGUCAGGCUGGACAUUUCCGACGACGUGGCCGGGGCCACCUUCAUGGCGGCCGGAGGCUCUGCCCCUGAGCUCUUCACCUCCCUGAUCGGUGUCUUCAUCGCCCACAGCAACGUGGGCAUCGGCACCAUCGUGGGCUCAGCCGUCUUCAACAUCCUGUUUGUGAUCGGCAUGUGCGCCAUUUUCUCCCGGGAGAUGCUGCACCUGACCUGGUGGCCGCUGUUCCGAGACGUGACCUUCUACAUCCUGGACCUCAUCAUGCUCAUCGUCUUCUUCUUGGACAACAUGAUCCUGUGGUGGGAGAGCGUCAUGCUGUUCCUCGGCUACAUCUGCUACGUGAGCUUCAUGAAGUUCAACAGUCACAUCGAGCAGGCGGUCAAGACCCAGCUCAACAAGCACAUGAGUAUCGUCAAGGUGUGGACGGCAGAGGAGCCGGAGAAGGAGUCUGAAGCUCCACCACCACCACCACCUCCUCCACCUCCUGCUGCUCCUCUUCCUCCUCCUGCACCAAAGGCCGAGGAUAAAUCCAAACCGGGACCUGAACCACCUCCGAGCAGCCCUCAGCGCAACAAACCACCAUCAGACCCGCAAGAGGACAAAGCAAGACUCAGGGUCCGUCCCGUCCUGCAGCGAGGCGGCAGCUCGGCCUCCCUCCACAACACGUCGCUGCGGAGCACCAUCUUCCAGCUGAUGAUCCACACCCUGGACCCUCUGGGAGAAGAGACGUCCUUUAAUGGGGAUGUGAGAGGGGAGGGGUCAGUGCAGAGGAAAGCAAAGAACAAAGUAAAGCCUCUGAACGUCCCGGUCAUGGGCGAAUUACAGAGCAAGUCACAGCGACGCCACCCUGAAGAUGUUGAACACAAGCCAAAGUCCGAGCAGGCGCCUGCUGCUGCCGCCGCCCGUCCACCAGGGGACGCCGCGGCCGAGCCGUCCACCUCACAGCCUCCGAAGACAGAAGAGACGGCUGAGAAGGCGUCCGACGAGCCGGACGAGCCGAAGGCGGUGGCAGCAUCCGCGGGUGGGUCACCGGGCAACGCUGAGGACGGGAGCGGUGACGAGGGGAGCAGUGACUCCGGCGAGAGCGAAGACGAGGACGACGACGAUGAUGAUGAUGAUGGAAACGAGGGGGAAGAGGAAAAGGAGGAAGCAGAGGAGGAGGAGGAGGAGAAUGAGCCGUUGUCUUUAGAGUGGCCUGAGACCAGACGCAAGCAGGCCACCUACCUGUUCCUGCUGCCCAUCGUGUUACCGCUGUGGCUCACGCUGCCCGACGUCCGCAACCUGGCGUCCAGGAGAUAUUUUGUCGUAACGUUCAUCGGCUCCAUCCUGUGGAUCGGAGUUUUCUCCUACCUGAUGGUGUGGUGGGCUCAUCAGGUGGGCGAGACCGUGGGCAUCUCGGAGGAAAUCAUGGGCCUGACCAUCCUGGCAGCCGGGACCUCCAUCCCAGACCUGAUCACCAGUGUGAUCGUGGCCCGGAAGGGUCUGGGGGACAUGGCCGUGUCCAGCUCAGUGGGCAGUAACAUCUUUGACAUCACUGUGGGUCUGCCGGUGCCGUGGCUCAUGUUCUCUCUGUUCCACAACGGCAAGCCGGUUCCCGUCAGCUCCAACGGCCUGUUCUGCGCCAUCGUCCUGCUCUUCCUCAUGCUCCUCUUCGUCAUCAUCUCCAUCGCCGCCUGUCGCUGGAAGAUGAGCCGAAAGCUGGGCUUCACCAUGUUCGUGCUGUACUUCGUGUUCCUCGUCCUCAGCGUCCUGCUGGAGGACCGGGUCCUCAUCUGCCCAGUUUCGAUCUGAGCUGCCGAGGCGGAGAGAGCGAACGUGCAGCCGCCGUGCGUGGACCGGACAGGAUCAAUGCUACUGUAUGUAGGAUGUGUUAGUAACAAGCGUGAUGUCAAGAGGCGGACCUGGCACACAGUAGAAACACAGUAGAAACACAUAACUAAACAAGCAGUGACGUUAAAGGAGAAAUCCACCUUCAGCGCACGGCAGAGUCACUCAGAGCAGAGCUGGUCAGCACCGUGAGCAGGAAGAUUAUUCAAGAACAAAUGAAAUCUGAUGCAUCAGAAACUCCAAAUGUAAAGUGUGAAUCACAGAAACCAUCCAUCAGAUACGUUUUCUGACUCCACUGCAGCUGCAGGAAGUCUCUCCACCGCGCAGGUGGAUUUUUCCUUUAAACGCCUGAGGAAACACCUGAGGUGACUUCAGUAAAUGAACUAAACACGUGAUGUCCACUGCAGCAGUGACGGGACAGAGUCACCGUGCAGCGAUUCGAAAAUCAGUGGAUGCAACUUCACUUUUCUAUGUGCAGUAUUUUCUGAGCUGUUUCCCUAAAACUCUGUUCUGUAUUCAACCAGACUAGUGUUUGUUCAUGUUCAGUGUGUACAUGAGGUUUUUUUUUGUGUAUGAAACUAUAUUUCAUUGCGUCGACAGUGAUUGUAUGUGCGUCAGGUAAACGUGUAUCAGGCAGGUGUCGCGUUGUCAGCUGUUACUGUCUUGUUAAAUGCUCUUGUUGGA